UCCCUAAGAUUAUUUUGUUUCUAAUCUUCCAAGAUGGACUGGUACGUGGGCACGGAGUGGGAGGACAAGAGCCGUGGUCUGGCCAAGAAGGUACUUGCCCUCCAGUUCAGCGAAAUGGAGAAGCCCACGACAGUCAGCACGGUGGAGUUCAGUGUGAACAAGAAGACCGCCAAUUUGGGAGGACGACCCAGCAAGUACUUAACCAGCGAUGAGUCCUCCACGUAUCCGCAGCAGCACAUCCUGGAAAUGGGAACCAGCCUGACGGCAGUGGACUGCUACGUGGAGCUGCUGCUGCAGCAAUUUGUGCCCGGCGAAACGGCAGCCUGCAGCAUCACCAGCAAAACCGGCGAAAGGGUCGAAUUCGAGCUGCGGCUGGAGAGGAUUGUGAAGAAUACGCAGGUGGAGAAGCUGGACGCAGCAGAGAUCUAUCAAGUGGCCCUGCGGCUCAAGGAGAGCGGCGUGGCCAGCUUCAAAACGUUCCCGAAAUUCGCCUUCGAUUACUUUGUGCGGGCCGCAAAGUUGCUGAUCACCUACAAACCCUUCGACCAACUGACCAAAAAGGACAAUGGCAUCGAUGGUCCCACGGUGGAGACGCUCUUCAUCCAGAUACAGACCAACCUGGCUGCCUGUCUGCUGCAGGAGAAGCGCUACGAGCACGUGAUCUACCACACGCAGUUCGUGGAAACGGAGGAGGAUCCCAGCGAGAAGAGCAUCUACCGGCGAGCGCUGGCCUACUAUCACCUGAAGGAGUUCGCCAAGGCGCAGGCCACCAUCGAACGGUUGCCCAACUACGAGGAGAAGCGGGAGUUCAGCAAGCUGCGCGACAACAUAGCGGCCAGCUGGAAGGAUAGCAACGCCCACUACAAGCAGGUGGUGCAGCGCAUGUUCAGCAGCUAGUUCCCAUUGAUAAGAUCUCCAUGUCAGGCACAACCAAUGGCCUUUAUAAAAUAGCUUAUGUUUAAUGUA